AAGAAUUCUAGACCUUUGAGGAGUUAGAGCGCCACCUUCUUUUCGCACUUACCAACGCCGCCGUCUGGUGAACUGCGUGUGGUCGUGCGUGAUGGCGACGCCCGGCUGGCUGCCCAAGAAGCUGAGCGAGCCGAUGGACGUGGGCACGCCGCAGGCGACGGGCCGCCGCGCUCGGGAGGAGGGGAUCGACGUCGAGGCAGCCGAGGGCCCGCGGCAGAAGGGAGGCCGCGUCAGCCGUCCCCAGCGCCGCCAGCGUCGGCGCAACAAGGAGCAGCCGAAAGCCGUGCAGAUGGCCGACGGGGGGAUGAAGGCCAUGAUCCUGGUCAUGUUGAAGCAGCUGAUCAUCAACACCAAGCAGCUGCGCGAGAUUCGGGGCCAGCUGUACGAUACGUACCUCUUGGAGGCCAAGGCAAAGCCCGUGGUGUCCAUGCAGCAGGGGGGGGCCGCGUACGCGGCCGCCGUGAAGGAGAAGGGCAAGGGCCACAACCUCGGCCCACCAGCCGCGACCGUCUUCGUGUACCUCUUGAAGGCGUUGAUGGAGCUGGAGGUGGGGGCCCAGAAUCGGAAAGGCCUGGAGCAGCUGCUUCAGCGGAUCGAACAUUUCGAGCCGUGGGACUUGGUGCAGAUGUGCCACG